AUGAUGGGCAGAGCUGUGCCUGUCCUGGAGCUCUUUGGUGACUUUUUAGCCAAAUUCCUACAGGUGCAUGCCGAGCUGAGGGCCUGUUUCACGCUCGCCCCCUCGCUGACCAAGUGUCCCCUCUCCUCCCCCUGCAGGUGGGCCUUUCUGGAGCUGCACACGAACGGCCACUACAACGAUAGCCUGCAGGCCUACGCAGCGGGCGUGGUGGAGGCCGCCGUGUCUGAGGAGCUCAUCUAUAUGCACUGGAUGAACACGGUGGUGAAUUACUGCGGCCCCUUCGAGUACGAAGUCAGUUACUGCGAGAGGCUCAAGAAAUUCCUGGAGGCCAACCUGGAGUGGGUGCAGAAGGAGAUGGAGUUGAACAAUGGCUCUGCUUACUGGCACCAGGUGCGGCUGACCCUCCUGCAGCUGAAAGGCCUAGAGGACAGCUAUGAAGGCAGUGUGACCUUUCCAACUGGGAAGUUCACCAUCAAACCCUUGGGGUUCCUCCUGUUGCAGAUCUCUGGGGACCUCGAAGACUUAGAGCUGGCCCUGAAUAAGACCAAGACCAAGCAUGCUAUGGGCUCUGGCUCCUGCUCUGCCCUCAUCAAGCUGCUGCCUGGCCAGAGUGACCUCCUGGUCGCCCACAACACCUGGAACUCCUACCAGUACAUGCUGCGCAUCAUGAAAAAGUACUGGUUCCAGUUCAGAGAAGGGCCCCAAGAGCAAUCUACCCGCGCUCCCGGCAACAGGGUGAUCUUCUCAUCCUACCCUGGUACCAUUUUCUCCUGUGAUGACUUCUACAUCCUGGGCAGCGGGCUGGUGACCCUGGAGACCACCAUCGGCAACCGGAACUCGGCCCUGUGGAAGUACGUGCAGCCCGAGGGCUGUGUGCUGGAGUGGAUGCGAAAUGUUGUGGCCAAUCGCCUGGCCCUGGACGGGGACUCCUGGGCUGAUAUCUUCAGGAGGUUCAACAGUGGCACGUACAACAACCAGUGGAUGAUCGUGGACUACAAGGCAUUUGUCCCCGGCGGGCCCAGCCCUGGGAGAAGGGUGCUUACCAUCCUGGAGCAGAUCCCGGGCAUGGUGGUCGUGGCCGACAGGACGUCGGAACUCUACCAGAAGACCUACUGGGCCAGCUACAAUAUCCCGUCCUUUGAGCCUGUGUUCAACGCCAGUGGGCUUCCGGCCCUGGUGGCCCACUUUGGGGACUGGUUCUCCUACGACGGCAGCCCCCGGGCCCAGAUCUUCCGGCGGAACCAGUCGCUGGUACACGACCUGAACUCCAUGAUCCGGCUUAUGAGGUACAACGACUUCCUGCAUGACCCCCUGUCAUUGUGCAAAGCUUGCAACCCCAAGCCCAACGGGGAGAAUGCCGUCUCGGCCCGCUCCGACCUCAACCCAGCCAAUGGCUCCUACCCCUUCCAGGCCCUGCACCAGCGCUCCCAUGGGGGCAUCGACGUGAAGGUGACCAGCACGGCACUGGCCAAGGCCUUGCGUCUCCUGGCGGCCAGCGGCCCCACGUGGGACCAGCUGCCCCCGUUCCAGUGGAGCACCUCGCCCUUCAGCAGCCUGCUGCACAUGGGCCAGCCCGACCUCUGGAAGUUCUCACCCAUCGAGGUCUGGUGGGACUGAGGCUCCAUCUCUGCUCUGCUGCCUUCUGCCCCUGCUGACCCCAGCGGGGCCACCCGACUGGCUGCCACCCCGCCCUCCUGCCUGUCGCCCCGCCCCGGUCCCCCGUGUGAGCAUUGCCCGCCCCCGCUAUGCCCAGGUUGGGGACCUGGGUCGGCCAGGUUCACUCUCGUCUGGGUGGCCUCCUGGGUGGGGAACGGAACCCGAAGGGACCCAGGACUGACGCUGCCCCCCCCAAGUGGGUGAUGCCGUCCCCGUCUCUCUCUCUCCCUGCUUUUCUCUCUCUUCCAGCCUUGGGCCCCCUCCUCAUGCCGUCCCUUCCUGAGGGCGGGAGCCGGGGCCUGGGGCCAGGGUCCGGGGCCGCUAGUGGGGCCGGCAGGAGAGGCCUGUUCCAGUGCCUGCUUUCCAGUGCUGUUCCUGCCGGCGGCUCUGGAGCUUCAGCCCCCGACCCCAGCCCCACUCUGCUCCGUCGGGAAGUAGCUCCCCUGUUUCUCCUCCUGGACAGCCUCCUUGAGGACAGAAACUUGAAACCAAACAAGAACCAAAGUUUCUGGCCACUUGUGGCUGGAAGGGCCCUUCUCUCUCCGGGGGCAGGCAGGGGUGUCAGCCCUCUGCUCCAGCCUCGGCCCGUGCCCCCCCAAACCCAGGCCUGCCCCUGGCCUCAGGGCACUGCCCACAGGUCCCCUGCUACAGGAACCAAAUCGCAGGCUGUGCCGCCAUUAAAAAGAGAGGCCGUG